AUGCGCCUAGCACACUUGCACAUCCGUCGUCUGAUCCCCUAUAGCCAUUCACUGACGUUGCAGAAUGCCAUACUCGAGCGUCACUUCACGUACAAGGAUGCCGUCCGUGGCCUCAACGACGCGCCACCGCCCGGCGAGAAUGUCGCGUGCCGGGCGACCGGUGAUGGCGGCGUAAGCACCAGUCCGUCGGCCAAGGCAUCUUCUUCACCUGCGUCAAUGUCGGCGCCGUUGCCGCGGACAGCCUCGGCUUCAAGAAAUGCACAUGCAUACAAAGACUCUGUCCCGCAGUCCAGCAACAGCGUCUCCAUUCCCUCGUUCUCGAGCACCCUUCCGCCGCCUGAUCCAACAUUGCUGACCUUCUCCACUGACCCGACGUACACCGUGGGCCGGCGCCACCUCCUCGCAAACCCCAUCUCUCAAUCUCAGCAGAACUUCCUCACCGCCGACGGCCUGGCCACUUUCCACGCCUCUCCGCGAGGCGGGCUCCUGACCUAUCAUGCCCCCGGCCAAUUGACCGGCUAUCUCAUUGCAGACCUGCGACGGCAUGGAAUCACAGCUCGAUGCUGGGUGAAGAUGCUGGAGGACAGUGUCAUGCGCACAUGUGGACAUUGGGACGUGCAGACAAUGAGAACAGACGACCCAGGCGUCUGGAUCAGGAAUGAGAGAGAGCUGGACGGACAGGAUCCGCAAGCAGACGAGAGCCCGGUCGACCGCAAGAUAUGUGCUAUUGGUGUCCAAGUCUCACGGGGUGUCACGUCGCAUGGCGUUGGCCUGAAUGUGUUCGACGCAGCCUUCCCACAAUUCGUCAAGGAUGGCUAUGGAUUUACGCCGGAGCAAAUCCGGUCUCCAAGCUACGAUCCGCGAAGUGAAGGUUACUUGUCCUGGGGCUUCAGCAGAAUCGUCGCGUGUGGGCUGGAAGGGAAGUCGGUGACAUGGUUUGCACGUGAAGGCCCUGAAGACUCUCCACAGCCACCGGCACUAGAAGACGUCGCAGAUGUUCUCGCACGCGAAGUCAUGCGUGGGUUCAACGACAUGAAAGGACCCCAGAAGGAGGCCGUCAAGGGAGUCUAUCGCAUCGAGGAGAGUGACAUUCUCGCCAGCUGA